AGGAAGAGCUUUUUAUGGUUUUCAAAUGUGUAUGGAGAAUAUACAUGAUGAAGUAUAUGCUUGUAUAUUCGAAACAUAUAUUCCUGAUUCAAAACAGAAAAGGGUAAUAAUAAAUAAAGUGAUUGAGUUAGACAGUGUUUUAAAAAAACAGAAAUGGCUAACUGAAAUAUUCGAAUCGAAUAUCCCAUACUAUAAUAAACUUGUUCUUCUUUAUAUUUCUAAAGUUCUUUUUAAUGGUACAUUAAAUAUAUUAAUUGGUUAUUGCAAAGAAAAUUCUAUACUCCCUUGCUUAUGUAAUGUUCAUGAAAAAAUUCAUAGAGAUGAAUAUCUUCAUGGAGAUUUUUCCGUUAUGUGUUGUAACCAUUUAGUUAAUAAAUUAAAAUAUGAACAUGUCUUAGAUUAUUUUAAGAUGGCUGUUGAUUUAGAAUAUCAAUUUUCACUGGAAAUGUUAGAGCUCAAUGUUCUUAAAAUAAAGAAGGAACAAGUAAGAGCAUUCUUAGAAUAUUUAGCAGAUACCAUGUUGACUAAUCUAAACUAUCCAAAACAUUAUAAUUCCAAAUAUCCUUUUAGUUGGCCCGAAUUUACAAAAAUUAUUGUUAAUGAGAACGGCAAGGAAGAAACUGUUAAGAAAGGAGAAAAUGUAUAUGGAGAAAAACAAAUAUUAUUUGAUGAAGAUUUUUAA